UAAGGCGGCUCCGCGGGCUGUCAGCGGCAGAAGGGCGGCGGGGGCUCGACGGGGCGGCCAUGGCCGCGCUCAACGGCGCUGUGGAGAACGGGCAGCCCGACAGGAGGGCGCCGCCGCCGCUGCCGCGGCCCCUGCGGAGCCUGGAGGUGAAGUACACCAAGAUAUUUAUUAACAACGAAUGGCACGAGUCUACAAGCGGAAAGAAGUUCCCCACCUAUAAUCCUUCAACGUUGGAGAAAAUCUGUGACAUUGAGGAAGGAGACAAGCCUGAUGUGGAUAACGCAGUGGAAGCAGCGAAGGCAGCGUUCCAGAGGGGGUCUCAGUGGAGACAGAUGGAUGCCUUGAGCAGAGGACGGCUCCUACACAAGCUGGCUGAUCUUCUGGAGCGAGACAGAGUCAUCCUGGCAACUCUGGAAACAAUGGACACAGGAAAACCUUUUCUGCAGGCUUAUUUCAUCGACCUGGAAGGUUGUAUAAAGACACUUCGAUAUUAUGCUGGAUGGGCUGAUAAAAUCCAGGGUAGAACUAUCCCAGUGGAUGAGAACUUUGUCUGUUUCACCAGGCAUGAACCAAUGGGUGUUUGUGGAGCAAUAACCCCGUGGAACUUCCCAUUGCUGAUGCUUGUUUGGAAGAUGGCACCAGCACUGUGCUGUGGAAACACUUUGGUUAUUAAACCAGCUGAACAAACGCCUCUGACAUCGCUGUACAUUGGCUCGCUGAUUAAGGAGGUGGGUUUCCCUCCAGGUGUGGUGAACAUUGUGCCAGGCUAUGGCCCCACAGCUGGAGCUGCUAUUUCUACCCAUCACAGUAUUGAUAAAAUUGCUUUUACUGGAUCAACAAAGGUUGGAAAACUGAUCAAGGAAGCUGCUUCUAAAAGCAACCUCAAAAGGGUGACAUUAGAGCUUGGAGGAAAAAACCCCUGCAUCGUGUGUGCAGAUGCUGACUUGGACUUGGCAGUGGAGUGUGCCCAUCAAGGCGUGUUCUUCAACCAAGGGCAGUGCUGCACGGCGGCCUCGCGCGUGUUCGUGGAGGAGCAGAUAUACCCCGAGUUCGUCAAGCGCAGCGUGGAGUACGCGAAGAAGCGACUCGUUGGAGACCCCUUUGAUGCCAGAACUGAACAAGGGCCCCAGAUUGACCAAAACCAGUUUGAUAAGAUCCUGGAGCUGAUAGAAAGUGGGAAGAAAGAAGGUGCAAAGCUGGAGUGUGGGGGUCUUGCCAUUGAAGACAGAGGCCUCUUUAUAAAACCCACUGUGUUUUCAGAGGUCACUGACAACAUGCGUAUUGCCAAAGAAGAGAUUUUUGGGCCAGUUCAGCCAAUUAUGAAGUUCAAGAGUAUAGAAGAGGUCAUAAGAAGAGCCAACAAUACUGAGUACGGACUCACGGCUGCGGUGUUCACAAAGAAUCUGGACAGAGCGUUAAUGUUGGCUUCUGCAUUGCAAUCAGGAACUGUCUGGAUCAACUGUUACAAUGCACUCUAUGCACAGGCUCCUUUUGGUGGCUUUAAAAUGUCAGGCAAUGGCAGAGAACUUGGUGAAUAUGCCUUGGCAGAAUAUACUGAAGUGAAAACAGUCACCAUUAAACUCUCCCAGAAGAGUCCAUGAAACCAGAAGGCCUAAAAAUGCUGACACUCUGAAUGUGACACAUCGGGGGUGUAUUCAGAGCAAGUGGGAGGGGAGGGGUAGGAAAGAAAAUGGAAACGCCUAAGUUUUUUCCUCUAGAAACAUUGAAUCUACUGGACUCCAUUUUGUCAACUGGCUCUUGGAAAACUGAUUUAACUGACCCUACUGGCAGCAUAGCACACACGUGUACUCCACGAGUCCCUGGCUGUACAUCUGUCUGCUACCUGUGACUAAAAUGCUGGUCAGUCACCUGUCAGCGGGACAUCUGCUUUCAAACUGUACCCCUGAAGGACUUGGACAUCGAGGGCAUGUUAGAGAGACUUCCGAUACCUUUAGCAAUUAGUUGUUUGUGAAACAAUUAGUUGAUUGUUAAACACCUUCAGAGGCAUGUGGGUUUCUCUUGGCAUGAACGGACCUGAGUAAUAGGGCUAAUCCAACUUAACUGACGUUGAUGGAGUUUGUGUGAAGACUGCAGAUGAAGUUUUGGAUGGGAGUGCAAACUUUCAAGGAAGGAUCUAAAGAAAUUUUGUUUGAAAGAGCUAUCUUGGUCUCUCUAAAGAUAUGUGCAUCCUCCAUAUUGGUGAUAUUCUAGCCCUGAAUGAGAUUGAUGGGAGUUUCCUGGAGGACUCUUUUGGGGCCAUUAUUUCACCCAACAGAGCUAGACUUUAAAGUGUCCUUUGAACCUGAUGUUUUGGUGUGCACACAUUUCACAUGCUGCAUAUGCAAGUUACUGACUUGCUAGCCCUUCUGGCUCCGAAUGAGUCGCAAUUGUAUCUCAUACCUUCACUAUAGCACUUUUUGCAAGAGGAUUUUGCACUGUACUUACCGUGAUGACACAGAGUUGAAUUCUAAACAUGUAGCAUGGUAGAUACCCCAGAGAAAACAUCCCACACCAGUCCUGAUCUGGGAGAGGGAGCAGAAGAGCUGCAAGAAGCUGUCCUUCUCUCUCUUUCACUUUCAGGCUGUGUGAACAUCUCUUCAUUUUUUGAGCCAGAGCUGUCAUGAUGAGAGUAAAACAAGCUCUUCUCACCACUUCUUUUUCCAUUGUGAAUGUAGCUUAAAAUCGAGUUCUGGAAGUACAGUAUAAAAAGGCAGGUGCUCCCAAGCACAUACUGAAUGCUAAAGAUGUGGGUGUACAAAUGAGUUACCAAGGAAUAAGCUAUGGCUGGACUUAAUGUCUCAGCACCUCUGCAGUAAAUGCCUCUGAGAGUGUCGUCACCUUGUAGCUGGUCCUUCACUGAGGAAUAAACUGCUUCGAGUUGUCUCUUGCUUAUAGUCAUAUAAGCAUGCAUGUACACGAAUAGAAUCCUCGGAGUGGCUGUCACAUUGAGUUCAUGCCUUAGCAUCUCCUGCAGUAAUUUCUUUGCACACCCAGACAUUACUUACUACGAGACUGAUGAAAAGCCACCUGCUGUUGUCAGGUCCUGAGCUCACUCCUUUCCUUCCCCCUCCUCCUGUUUCUAUACUGGAGAACCACUGGUAAGAGAAUGGGAAGUCCCAGGUCUGCAGGAGCUGUACAUAUGCAGAUUUUGAAGCAGGAAUGAAAGUCUAACCUCUACUCUCCAAUGCAAGCAGGAACUUAACUGUAACUUCUGUGAUCAGAGAGACAGCUAGUCAGUAACAAGUUCUGUUGUGAGUGGACCUUUUUUCGGAAGGGGAAGGAAGGUGGGUGGUGGUAAGUAAGGAAAAAGUUUGCAUGAGCCUAAACUUCCUUAUUAGUUGUUGAACAUUGAAAUUGCACUUCAACACUGCUUAAUUUCUUAAAUGACAUACCUCCAACAGCUGUGUACAACUAAGUGCCUGUCCUCCCAUGGAUAUGUGGGACAGGUAAAUCUCCCCAUCCAGUGAAGAAAAUGUCCUCCCUACCCCAUGAAAGGCCAAAUGGGAACAUUGUAAAUAAGCUUCUAUUUUUGUAAUACACUUAGAGCGCAAACAUCUUCUCAGACAAAUAUUUUACUUUUGCCUACUUGACGGUUUUCUAGGGCUGCAGUCAGACAGUAGGGAGGUAAGGCAAACAGUAAAAGGCUGGUUAUCUUGAUAUAUCUCUGUAUUCACUUUUGAUAAACAGUGGUUUUAACUGAAAUCAUCUGAAAAUCUUAAAAUCCUAGUAUUCUGGCUUUAUAUGUAUAAUAUAUAUUUCAACACUUUUUUUUUUCCCUUAUCAAGUUUUUAAAAAGUUGAUGUAUCUCUUAUUGUAUAAAUCAGGGUUUGACUCUACACACUGAAUUUUCUAAGUUAUAUAACAUUAGACACUAACUUUAAAAUAACCCCUUAGAGGGUAUAUAUUCUUUCAUUGCACAGUAAGGCUUUCAUAUGAAAUACUACUUUUUUUUUUUAAAGAACUAUAUUUAUAAAUUAGGAUACAGUUAACCUAAUGUAUUUUUAUAGCUAAAGGUACAUGAAAAUGCUAUGUUUAAACCUCUUGUAUAUAUCUAGACUAUGGGUAUCUUUUUGUAAUAGUUCUUGUUCCUAAUAAAUGUUUAACUUUGUGAAA